CCGGCGGACAAAGGGUUAACGCGUUGGCGAUGACUGCGGGCCCCGGAUGUGAGAGCUCGGCUUGGCGCCCUGGCCACGCUGCAGGUGCGCCGGGCCGGGUGGAGCCGGCAGGCUGGCGGCGACCUGACCGCUCGAGGCUCCCAUUCCCCUGCAGAGGCCGCUCGGCUCCCUCCGAGAACGCCGCCUCUUCUAACUUAAGGGCAACAGGUGGUGCCGGUGAACCAAGAAAGCGCCCAGUUCCUCUGCGCUGGGAGCGGCAGUUACCCUCACCAAUUAGGGAGCGGGGGCGGGAGUUGCAUGGCUGCUCUGAUGCAGGUGACCAAUGGGAUUUGGAAUUAUGGGUGGACCGGGAGGAGUGGGCGUGGUCGGAGUCUGAGUCCAGGGUUUCUAGUGCCGCUACUGCCAGAGCUGCUUGGAGAGCUGAGCUGGAAGGACGUGGGGUGCUUCGCCCUGCGUAGAAACGCCUGCCCAUGCGUUCCCAUUUGGACCCAGACUCCAUAUCGGGAGUAGUCUUAUAGCUGGAUCCCCUACGAAGACAAGUUCUAAAGCAAGAAGAGGAAAGCGUUUCAAUUUGGGACAUUUAUUCACAGCUGGAAAUGGGGAAUGGGCUGUCAGACCAGACUUCUAUCCUGUCCAGCCUGCCUUCAUUUCAGUCCUUCCACAUUGUUAUUCUGGGUUUGGACUGUGCCGGAAAAACAACUGUCUUAUACAGGCUGCAGUUCAAUGAAUUUGUAAAUACUGUACCUACCAAAGGAUUUAACACUGAGAAAAUUAAGGUAACCUUGGGAAAUUCUAAAACAGUCACUUUUCACUUCUGGGAUGUAGGUGGUCAGGAGAAAUUAAGGCCACUGUGGAAAUCAUAUACCAGAUGCACAGAUGGCAUUGUAUUUGUUGUGGACUCUGUUGAUGUCGAAAGGAUGGAAGAAGCCAAAACUGAACUUCACAAAAUAACUAGGAUAUCAGAAAAUCAAGGAGUUCCUGUACUUAUAGUUGCCAACAAACAAGACUUGAGGAACUCAUUGUCUCUUUCAGAAAUUGAGAAAUUGUUAGCAAUGGGUGAACUGAGCUCAUCAACUCCUUGGCAUUUGCAGCCUACCUGUGCAAUCAUAGGAGAUGGCCUAAAGGAAGGACUUGAGAAACUACAUGAUAUGAUAAUUAAAAGAAGAAAAAUGUUGCGACAACAGAAAAAGAAAAGAUGAAUAUUUAUACCUAUUAUAUCUGUGUGGAGUAGGUUUUCUCUGGUCUGAUUUUGACAAAUAGAAGAGUGUCUACAGCCUGGUUUGCCUGUCUGCCCUCCUGGAUGCUAUUAAAGCUUUGUUUUGUUGAACAAUCAGAUGCCCAACUCUGUUGCCUUGUGGAAGAUGAGUAAAUGCAGUGCUUCUUAAAGUGGUCUCUUCUCCCUACCCCACAAUUCUUUUGGUACUACCAUUUGGGGAAGCCAAGCAAGGAUAGUAAAUUGACCAGAUCACAGUUGUGGAAAUUUGACCUGAAGUUAGUGAAAUAAAACUUUAAAGAG